AAUUGCCGGGUUCAGUCGUGGGCGGGUCAUGAUUUACGUCGUACAUGGCGGUUUGAAGUCUCGAAUCACGUCAUACAGCACCAGCAUCCUGCCGAUCGUGUCGUCGUCGUCGCCAAAACAUUCUAGUUAAUCGAUGUUCUAGCUCACUAGUCAAUGGCACAGACAGAGUUCUGUCCUUAUCAACAAUUCGAACCGGUUAUGGAUUAACCUUAGUUGAACCGGGCACUGUCUAAGCGCGUUUUCAAUUGUUGUACCCAGUGUGUAGUACAGAUUUUCAAGUGCAUCAGUAAGGAUCAUUGAAUCGAAUCAGUCCUAGUUGAGAUGUUGUUUGUCGCGGGAAGUUCAUUGGCCAUUUUUUUCGGCUAUGUAGGCCUGUACGCGUGUGCUCAGUUCUUGAUCAAGACGCUUUACUCGCCGGUGCAAAUCGUUUGGAGCACACUUUUCGGAAGCCGGAAGUCGCUGAGUGAACGCUAUGGAGCCUGGGCAGUGAUAACGGGAUCCUCGGAUGGAAUCGGACGGGAGUAUUCGUUGAAUCUGGCCCGGCAGGGAAUGAAUGUUAUGCUGAUAUCGCGAACCGAGUCUAAGUUGAUUAAGCUGGCCGAGGAAAUUUGCGCCGAGUGUAACGUCCAGGUGCGAUGGAUGGUUGUGGACUUUGCUGAGGGCAAUGCUGUUUAUGAACGGAUUCAAAAGGAACUGUCAACUUUGGAAGUCGGAAUUCUCGUCAACAAUGUUGGAAUGGUUCAUAAAAACCCAGCUUCUAUCGAUGAGUUGGAGAUUCAUGAGUUGGACCAAACACUAACGGUCAAUCUGCAGCCAACCUUGCGCUUAAUCCACAUGAUACUUCCGGAAAUGAAGCGCCGUCGUCGGGGGAUGAUCGUUAACAUGAGUUCGACUUCCGCAUUCUUGACUGUCCCGUAUCUGUCGGUUUAUUCCGCCUCCAAAGCAUUCAUUCAGCACCUGACCCAUAGUAUGGAGUUCGAGCUGCAAGGAACCGGAGUCGAGGUUCAACGAGUCAGCCCAUUUUUUGUCGAUACAAACAUGACCAAAUCGUAUCACACGAAUCCAGUGUGGGCGUUGCUUUCGACUGAUGUCAAGCCCUACGGGAAAGCUGCCGCUUGGCUGAUCGGAAAAACAUCACAAACAAUGGGCCACUGGUUUCACGCACUUCAGAUAACCAUCAUCAGGAUGAUUCCAGAAUGGGUCUCAACGAUAACAAUUGGUUUGGCUUUGAGAUUCAUUAAAACAAAGUCAAAUAAAGGGUAAAGUUGGAAUGAAUCUUAAAUAAGUGAGGAAAAGGGAUUAUUUUCUCAGUUUUAUUAGCUGAAAAUAAAUGUACGACGAUCUCUAAUCAGAAUAUCAGAUAAUAUUCCAAAUAAAACAGUUGAAAU